AAAGCUAAAAAAUGGGAUAAUGAAAUUUUUAGUUUUGUUUUGUCUUUUGAAUUUGCGCAAAUUAUUUGAAUUAAUGAAUAUGUUUACUUUUUGAUAAAAUUUGAAACAACAAAUAUGGCAUUCAUAAAAGAACCAGUGUUAAACAUUAUAGUAGUGGGUUUUCACCACAAAAAAGGAUGCCAGGUAGAACACUGUUACCCUGAAUUAGUUCCCGGGAGACCCUCAGAACUUCCACCUGCUUGGCGAUAUUUACCAGCAUUGGCUUUACCUGAUGGCUCACACAAUUAUCUCUCUGACACAAUAUUUUUCAACUUGCCAGAUUUAAGUGACUCUACAAGAACUGUUUAUGGUGUUUCAUGUUUCCGACAAAUUCCAGUUGAGCAAGUUGUACAAAAAACUGAAGACAUGACAAGAAGUUCUGUUCAGAAGAGUGUAUGUGUUAUUUGUCGAGCACCUUUAUUUGGUAGAUUGGCAGUUAAAUUGGAACUUGUUGUAAGGGCUUGGUUUCUGCAAGGUGAUUUUUCCCAGACAAAGCUUUUAGAAGAUGCCUAUAAUCAUCUCAAUAGUUGCCCUGUACAGAUUGAUCAAUGUUUGGAAGGUCUAUCUGUGCAAAAAUUAAUUGAAAAUUGGAGGCACAAAGCACUUUUGCUAUUCAAAUUAUUAUUAUUGAGUCGUAAAGUUGUCAUAUAUGGAUCUCCCGCUGGACAGCUAUCAACAGCGUUACUAACUGUAAUUUCGUUACUGCCUCGUUGUGUAGAAUAUGGGCUAUCACAGUCGGCUAAUGUAGUACUGUCACGGCCCCUUUCACCAGUUACAACAGCCAUAGAAGUAAAUACUGAAGAAUUUAAUACCCUAAAUGCAAGUGACCCAAUUUUUAAUGGUAACAGUUUAGUGGAAGUACUGUCGCCGAAGGAAACUGGAAACCUUUUUGAUGAGAAAGAUAGAGUCAGCCGACAAAGUUUUGAUGAAACGUUACUCGCAGAUGUAGAUCGACAAGAGUUACAUGGUAGAGAAAAAUGUCACAGCAUUGGUGAAAAGUAUAAACCACAAAAAUGUGUGAUGGAAGCUCAACAAAGUCCCACAAUGGCAAGAGACAUGAGUGUAGACGGAUUGUAUAAUUUGAUAGGACAAAUAGAUCAGGCCGAUUGUGGCUUUCCACUGCCAUUGUUUGAAGAUGGCUAUCUCUGUUUGCCAUAUUUAUCCCUGCAGUACUUGGACCUUCUGUCCGAUUCUGCCGUUCAAGGGUUCGUGGUUGGCGCUUCAAAUGUGCUUUUCAAACAGAAGAGACAGCUGUUUGAUGUUCUUGUAGAGUUGAAUGAAAUGCGAAUUGAGACAGCAGACGUUGCACUGAGAAGGCAGCUCACCCUCGGCACCGAAGAUCUUAGGUUUGCCGAUCAUGUGGUACGUCAUGGUUCUACUCAAGGGGAUGCAUGGAUAAGAGAUCAGUUCGCCACCUACUUGAUUUACCUUUUGAGGACAUCAUUGCUACCGGAUGGAAGCAGAGAAAUUGAAUCAUAUAACUCACAGUUUAUGGCCGCAUUCAAGGCGACUAAUGCUUAUGAGAAAUGGCUGAAAAUUACUAAUAAUGGUGAUGUGGAAGCUUUCAUGAACUUGAUUCCGAUGCAUCCCUUCGCCGGUCAACUUUCCGUGGCCGACAUGAAGCUGAAAUUUGCACACACCAUGUCCACAACGGAGGGUGGCAGGAAAGUCAGCGCAGCCGUGGCCACCACCGGUCGAGCGGUAGCCACGACGUCUCGAGCCGUGGGCGGAGCCCUGUCCCAGGCUCGCGGAGCCCUAUCCGGGUGGUGGAGCUCCCUCACCACUCCGACGCCGACGCCACUCCAUCUCUGCGAGAGCUCGGACGAAAAGCGCUCCGACUCGGAAGAAAAACCUGACAAUUUUUUCGACGAGAAACCUGAGACCUCUCGCGAUGAGAAAAUGCCUUCCGAUGCCGAAGAAGCGCUGGAGGGCCAGGACAACAAGCGCGAGAGCGCUCCGUCGGAUCCGCCCGACAAAGUCAUAGAAGACACUGCGGGCAACCUCGGCAAGAUACAAGUCGUUUGAAGUGAUAUAACUGUGUGCCGACUCACUCUUCUCUAGAAUCCAUUAUUUAUUUUUAUACAUCUAGUUUAUUUUAUGUACAGUUGUUAUUUGUUUCGACUAAAAACGGUAUUUUUAUAUUUUUAGUUAAUCGAUAGAUUAGGAUUCGUGUGCCACUUGUAAAUAGGUCGAUCAAAUGUGUGACGUAGAAGUGAGAUCUGAAUUUAUGUGCUCCGACAAAUUAAGUUUAGAUGCUACUUAAUUAUUUUUAUAUAGACGUUAAAGGCUUCAAGAGGACUUCAUUUUACAUUUCAAAGUAUUGUGGUGGAUAUAUGCUUUGCUGGACAGGCCAAACUUGAAUCCACAAGUUGUUCCAUUUAUUUAAAUGAUAACCUAAUUGUCCCCGGCGUAUUGUGAUUGUGGUUAAAAUUAAACACGCUUUUGCCUUGUUAAAAAUCGCGGAGAAAUUGCGCUAGUUAGUUUAUAUCUUCUCAAUUAAACAUUUUAACAUAUAAUAGGACUCUGAAAAGACUAUUAGGUAUAUCCUGCGCAAUCCCGGGCAUGAGCUAAAAUGUUUCAAUUACGCUACAGGGAGGAUUAUAUACGAAUUUAUGUCGGGCUUUGAAGGAAUCCAAUUGUAGGUAUUGUUGAAUUUGUAUACUUGUAAGGCGUAUAUUUCAUACAUCCACGUGAAACAUGAUCUCUUAAUUAAUUAAUUUCGAUAUACACGUAGUGUUGCUAUUAAUUUUACGUUUAUCGGUUCCUUUAUGUAUAUAAUUGCGUUAUUUAGGUUUGUACUUAGUAUUUAUUUGUACAGCGAUAAGGCGGAUGUGAUUUUGAACCAAUAAAGCUGAUUGCGACAGAUUUCUUAUAUAUUGUUAAUGUCGCUCGUAUGACGUGAAUAUGUCUUUCAUGAAAUCAUUGCAAUUUUAUAUAUUUUCGGAAAUACUGUCUUGCCAUUAGAUUUGUUGAAAAUUGUAUUUUUAACUACGCUCAUUAAUUUCAAGUUGUAGAUCUGUAUGUACAAUAAAAAUGUUA